AUGAACAACAUAACUCCUUCAACAUAUGUGCGAUGCCUUGGCUAUAGCACGUUGAGGCAACUGGCAGAUUUCAUUGAUCCACAGGAAGGAUGGAAGAAACUAGCAGCAGACAUAAGAAAUCCAUCUGGUACAGACAGAUACAACCAAAUGCACAUCAGGAGAUUCGAAGCAUUAAAACAAAUGGGGAAGAGCCCCACCUGUGAGUUGCUUUAUGACUGGGGGACACUAAACUGUACAGUUAGUGAUCUGGUGGACCUGCUGAUCAGAAAUCAGUUCUUAACUCCAGCCAGCCUUUUGCUUCCAGACUCUGUAAGAGUGACAGACGAUGCUACAGUAACAUUCCCUGUACAAGAAGCUGUGCCAAAAUAUGACGGAGAAAUUCCUUUAAAGAAAAAGCAAAUGACAUCAGUAUCGCCACUCUCGACUCCAGAUAAUGGGCACCUCACUGUGGCUUCUUGUAGCUUAAUGGUGGAAGAGAACACCUUGCAUUUGAGUGACUCAGGGUUAAAGAGUUUUUUGUUUCAUGAGCUGCAAAGUGUUACAAAUAAUUUUGAUGAUCGAGUGGUAUCGGCUGGUGGUAACAAGCUGGGCGAAGGCGGCUUUGGAGUUGUAUACAAAGGAUGCAUUAAUGGCAGAACUGUGGCAGUGAAAAAACUUUCUACUGUGGCUGAUAUAAGCCUUCAAGACCUGAAGCAGCAGUUUGAGCAAGAAAUAAAGAUUAUGGCAAAAUGUCAGCAUGAAAACCUAGUAGAAUUGAUUGGUUUUUCAAGCGACUUGGAUCAGCCUUGUCUCGUUUAUGAUUAUAUGCCGAAUGGGUCACUACUUGACAGACUAGCUUGUCUGGAUGAUACAGGCCCGAUUCCUUGGAGAACGAGGUGUAGCAUUGCUCAAGGCACAGCCAGUGGCAUUUGCUAUUUACAUGAAAAUAACCACAUUCACAGAGAUGUUAAAAGUGCCAAUAUCUUACUGACCAAGGAGCUGGUACCCAAACUUUCUGACUUCGGACUUGCAAGGGCAUCAGUAAGGUUCACACGUACAAUCGUAACAGACAGAAUAGUAGGGACAGCUGCAUAUAUGGCACCAGAAGCUUUGCGUGGAGAAAUAAGCCCUAAAGUAGACAUUUUCAGCUUUGGUGUGGUGUUACUUGAAAUGAUAACAGGGCUUAAACCCAUGGAUGAAAACCGGGAUCCACAGUUACUGCUGAGUAUCAAAGAGGAAAUAGAAGAUGAAGAAAUGACUAUUGAAGAUUACAUUGAUGAGAAGAUGAAUGAUUGGAACUUCACAUCAGUGGAACAGAUGUAUUCGGUUGCUUGCCAAUGUCUGAAUGAAAAGAAGAGCAGGAGGCCGGAUAUUAAGAUGGUCAAGCAACACUUACAAGAAAUAUUGGUUGACUAAGACUCUUGUGUGUCGUCUUGAACUGGUUUUCAUUAUUGAAUAUAACCUGUGGGACUGCUGUAAUCCGUUUUUUAAAUGAACAUAUGUCCUAACAUCUGUGUAUGUAUUCAAAGGAGCACAAAGUUUACCAGCCUUUUUUGAAGAAUUCAGGUAGCUUACAUUCUGCAUACUAUAUGCAAUUAUUUUAAUAUCUGCACAACAGUCAGAACUCUCUUCAGUUCUGCACUAUCAAUAAUAUUAUUUUAAGGACAUCUGUGCAAAAGAUUGCCAGACAAUGCAAUCCUAAACAGUGUUACACCCUGCGAAGCCCAUUCUAGUCUAGAUGCUGAAAAGGGUAUAACUCUGUUUAGGAUUGCAUUAUCAGAUUUCUAAAGCAUCUCUUGCAAGUUGUAAAAAAAAGAGCUAUUCAGAUUGGCACAAACAACUAAAUGUACCUUUAUAUGAUUAAAUCACCAAAAAUGUCCUUGCUCACCAUAGUGCUUCACUCACUUAUUGUUUCAGCUCCAUUCUGUUUAAAAUACUGGCCAAAUUAAAGUCACAGAAUCGUAGGGUUGGAAGGGAUCUCCAGAGUCAUCUAGUCCAACCCCCUGCACAAUGCACAAAAUUCACACAUA